AUGGUGGACACUCUUUGCACCUUCCGGAGAGAACUUCUCUCCACCCCCUUCGACCGCGUGAGGGUUUAUCAUGAGCUGAGCAACCUGACGGUGGGCAGCACCAAACUUGGGCACUACAGCAUGAAGAACGGCACCCUCUAUGUAAACGGAUACCCGCCGUCCCCUACCGGAGCUCCAGAGGGGGUGGGUUACGGGCUCGGCUUCACAAUCAUCAACAAGAACUUGACCCACACAGAUCCAUCAUCUCCAGAAUACCAACGCCUGCAGUCUGCCAUCAGCGACGAGUUAAAUCAGGUCUUCCUCCGGAGCGCCAUCCGAAAUGGAUUCAACAUUUGCAAAGUCACUGGACUGAGGUAUGGCUCCAUUGUGGUUGACUGCAACUGCUACUUUGAUCCCGAAAUGAACAUCGACCAAGACACCAUUACGGAAACUUUUCAGCAAGCGACGAAGAACUCCACGUCCCAGUGGCUGGGCAAUCAGUUCCAACUCAAGGGUGUGAUUGUGCGAGGUCCUGAACCAAUUGUUGAGGCUCUCACCAACGCUCCUCCACCUCAGCUCAAGCUGAAGGACUUCACUGUAAGUUUUACCACCACCAACCUGCCCUACACAGCAGAAAUGGAGGAUUCGAACUCGGACGUCUACUGGCACACCAAAAUAAGCAUGGAGAGCAAGCUCAGCCAGCUCUACCGCCGCAGCGACUUAGGGACAGAUUUCAUUCACUGCUCCGUGGAAAACUUCAGUCCCACCGGCCAGAAGAAUCAAACGGCGGUUGGUUCCGUCUGCACCUUCGCUAUGCAUUCCUCGAGGUCUUUCAACAAAGCCCUUGUGUAUGACGUAUUUAAAAACCAGACUGGCAAAGCUGGCUUGCUGGGGAAAUACACACUAGAGGAUGGAAGUCUCCUGGUCAGCGGUUAUCCUUCAGCAGUGGCUCCAGAACACCACAAAGAAGAUUUACCUUUCUGGGCGAUCAUCCUCAUAUGUCUGUCUGUCCUCCUGGGCUUCAUCCUCUUCUUCUUCAUCUGCUUCCUGAUUGCCUUCUGCCUGCGGAAGGGAGCCGGCAAGUACCAACUCCAGCAGAACAUCUUUGGCACUUAUUUUCCACACCUGGACAUGUGA